GAAAAGUCUGGCGGGAGACAAACGUCGCAGGUUGUGUUGUCUGCAGUCUGUUAGUGUUGGAGACAGAGGCUCGGGAAAAACUUUUAUUUAACAUUUACUCCAGAUAUUUAUUUGUUCCUUUUUUCUUUUUCAUUUGGGAGUUGAGAAAACCUAGUUCCUCAGAAUUGAACUUUGACAAUAAAAUAGCUCGCAAGCCAAACAGAUACGUCCAGUGUGUUUUUUAAACGUCCGUUAGGUGUUUCGAUCUCAGCGCGGUUUAUCUAUAUUCCGUUGUUUUAGGAAGCAAAUUUGUGACCUUUCACGUGUUAAAACACUAUGGCAAAAGUGCAAGUGCUAAAUGUAGCUGUCCUGGACAACCCAAGUCCAUUUAUAAACCCAUUUCAGUUCGAGAUAACGUUUGAGUGCAUGGAGGACCUUCCAGAGGAUCUCGAAUGGAAGAUUAUUUACGUGGGCUCAGCAGAAAGUGAGGAGUACGAUCAGACUCUUGACUCUGUCCUUGUUGGCCCAGUUCCUGCAGGGCGACACAUGUUUGUGUUUCAAGCGGAUGCUCCAAACGCUGCCCUAAUACCUGAGAGUGAUGCCGUGGGUGUUACUGUUGUUUUAAUCACAUGUACAUACAGAGGACAGGAGUUCAUUCGCAUCGGCUACUAUGUUAACAAUGAGUACACAGACACUGAGCUUCGUGAGAACCCACCCCUUAAACCUGACUAUGGACAGCUCCAGAGGAACAUCCUGGCUUCAAACCCGCGUGUAACUAGAUUUCACAUCAACUGGGAGGGAUGUGCCGAGAAAAUGGAGGAUUCGGAGAACGUAGACCCCGCACCGAACGCCAUGCUGCCCCCAUCCUGCACCCCAGGCAAAGCACCUCCACUGGGACUGGUGCCAGACAACUCCAUGGACUGUUUGUAGUGACGCAGGCUCCUGUGAAUAAUCCAAACAUCUCAAGGCUCAUCCAUGAGCUCCGUUAAAUCUGGACACUGUGGAGGAUAGUCGGGAUUAUACAAACAUCAGUAACUGGGGAGAAAGAAAAAAAAGUUUAUCUAAUUUUGUCAGAGGUGUCACAACUAUUUGAAACAACUGUGCCAAAUCACUUGGGUCUUCUCCCUGAUAUGCAAUAAAAUUCUUUUUUUUUUUUCUUUUUUUUUCUUUUUUGUAAUGUAAAUGGAGAGUUUGUGAGUUAUGAGUCCAAGACAUGAUAUAAGUACUAGGAUGUGCUGCUGCUAAUGCGGUAUCUCUCGUGACACAUCAACCUUUUGAUACAAAAUGCAUCCGUUCUCAAAGCGAAGAGUGUGGAAGAUUAGAUAAGAUGUCAAAUGCAUAAUGCAAAAACAUAAACUACACUUGGACGCAGCUUCUGUGGCCAAUAAUGUUUGUAGGUGGGACUGUAUUAUAUUGUAUAUAUAUAUAUAUAUAUAUAUCUCUCUGUCUCUUUAAAUGCCGUUUCUUAUUGAAAUAUGUUUUGUUACGUGAUUAAAUUGUUAUUGAAAUUGUACUAUGAUUUGUGGGGUACAUACUGCUGUGUCUUUUACAGUCUUCUCAUUAAUAAAACGUGUAUUGCAUUAUGUAGGAG